AUGGCACACGGUUCGGACUCCGUGCUGAGGGAUGCGGCCUGCCCCACCCACUCCCGCAGCUCGGGCAGCGACGCCAGCACAGCCACCCGCUACCUGCUGAGGAAGCAGAACCGGCUGGUUAACGGGCACUCACGGGGCUUCCGCACCUCGUCGCCCAUGGGACGGGUCAUUCUCAUCAACUCGCCCAUCGAAGCCACCGGCGACGAGAGCGACGUGAUCAAUGCCAUCACAGUGGAGAAGAGCGCGGACGGGAAGCUGGGCUUCAGCGUGCGGGGCGGCUCGGAGCACGGGCUGGGCAUCUUUGUCAGCAAAGUGGAGGAGGGCAGCAGUGCUGACCUGGCUGGCCUGUGCAUCGGGGACAAAAUCACGGAGGUGAACGGCGUGAGCUUGGAGAGCAUCACCAUGGGGAGUGCCGUCAAGGUCCUGACUGGGAACAACCGGCUGCGGAUGAUGCUGAGGCGCAUGGGAAAGGUGCCAGGGAUUAAAUUCUCCCGAGAAAAGACCACGUGGGUGGAUGUCGUGAACAGGCGCCUGAUCGUGGAGAAGAGCGGGUCGACCCCAUCGGACAGCAGCUCCGAGGGCGGCGUGAGACGCAUGGUCCACCUCUACACCACCUCCGACGACGACUGCCUGGGCUUCAACAUCCGCGGGGGCAAGGAGUUCGGCCUCGGCAUCUACGUCUCCAGUGUCGACCCCGGCGGGCUGGCAGAGCAGAACGGGAUCAGAGUGGGAGAUCAAGUCCUUGCAGCCAACGGAGUCAAGUUCGACACCAUCAGCCAUAGCGAGGCAGUGGAAGUGCUAAAGGGGCAGACGCACAUCAUGCUGACCAUCCGGGAGACGGGUCGCUUCCCCGCCUACAAGGAGAUGGUGGCCGAGUACUGCUGGCUCAGUCGGUUGAGCAAUGGCCAACUGCAGCAGCUCUCGCAGGCCUCGGAGACCAGCUCCUCCGUCUCCUCCUACUCCUCGGGGACCCCCCUCAGCUCCCUGGAUGGGCGGCCCCCAGCCCUGCUCUCCAGCCCCGCCCCAGCCCACAUGGUGGACGUCUCCAUCUCCACAGAGGACCCUCCGGCGCACAGCUGCUCCCUGGAGCGAGUGGAGACGGCCAUGCAGACAGACCUGCCCCCUGAGACCCGGCGCACCGUGCACCCACCGGAGAUCCUGCAGGACACGGCCAUCCGGGCCGAGAGCCUCCGGGACCCGCUCCCCAGCAAGAAGCACAGGCCCUUCUCCGGCUUGCCCCGGACAGCCCUGCUCCUGGCGCUGAGCCGGCCCCGGCAGCCCCUCAAGAGAUCCCAGAGCUACCUCACCGUGGGCGAGGAGAAGAGGCAGGAGCCGCCAGCGCCCAGCGGGGACAAGGCCGGACUGCGGCGCUCCAAGACCCUCGUCAACCUCUUCUUCCGAGGCAGCCGGGCAAAGCAGAGCUGGGCGCCGGGCAGCGAGGGGGCUGUGCAGCCUGGGCACAGGAGACAGGCCCGGUCCCCAGCCAGCCCAGAGCGGGAGAAAGCCAGCGCCCUGCAGAAAUUUGUCAGCCAGAGCCUGAAGCGGGACAAAGGCCGCCCCGUCAGCUUCCUGGGCUCCCCGGGGCGCGCCGGCCACGAGCCCAGCCCAGUCGCUGAGAGCUGCCUCCCACUCCUCCGGGACAUGGCUGGGAAGCUGCUGACGGAGGACGAGGUGACGGCCGUGCUGCGCCACUGCACCCGGUAUGUCCAUGAAGGUGGGGUGGAGGACUUGGUGAGGCCGCUCCUGGCCAUCCUGGACCGGCCUGAGAAACUCCUGCUUCUGAGGGAUGUCAGGAGCCUGGUCAGCUCCACCGACCUGGGCCGCUUCGACAGCAUGGUCGUGCCGCUGGAGCUGGAAGCGUACGACAUGUUGAAGAGCAGAGCAGCAGGGAAAUCACCCGCGCUCCGUCCGGCGCAGCAGAAACUGCCUCCCCGGAGACACCUCAUCACACCCGUGCCUGACCGCCGGGGAGGGUUCCUGCUGCGGCCGCUCCAGGCCCCGGAGCCGGGGGGCGCCGAGGAGGAGGGGGGGCUGGCACCGAGGGCAGAGCCGGAGCGGCUGAAGGGCUCCCCCAGACGGACUCACCUGUGCGGCUACACGCCCCUGCCCGACGUGCCCAUGGACGCCUGCGCUGCCCCCCACAACGCCCCUGAAGCUCCAGCUGCCAGUGGGCCCAGCUGGCUGCUGGCGGAGCCUGCCCGGAGCCCGGGACUCGUGCCAUGUCCCGAACCCUCCACAGAGGCGUUGGCACAGCUGGCAGGGCAGGGCGCUGAGCAGCCGCGUGCCCCCAGCUCCCCCGAUGGGCAGGGGGAGGCCGAGCCGGGGGAGGACUGGCUCUGCGUGGGGCUCAGCAAGCCCCGACGGGCUCGGCCACGGAUCUGCCAGCUCUCCGCGGGCAUCUCGGCGCCCAGCCAAGGGGCCCAGGGGGCUGAGGGGCUGGCCCACCAGGGCCCAGCCGAGGAGUACGAGCUGAUGAGCGUCCGCCUCUCCAAGCUCAGGCAGUCCUUGGGGCUCAGCAUCUCGGGCGGGAUCGAGUCCAAGGUGCAGCCGAUGGUGAGGAUCGAGAAGAUCUUUCCCGGAGGGGCAGCGUUCCUGAGCGGGAGCCUGAAGGCUGGGGCCGAGCUGGUGUCAGUGGACGGGGCGAGCCUGCAGAACGUCACCCACCAGCGGGCGGUGGACCUCAUCCGCCAGGCCUACAGGACCAACCGGCAGGCGCCCAUGGAGCUGGUGGUGAAGGUGCCCAAGGCGGGACGCAGCCCAGCCAGGGACGACACCAGGCCGGCAGCGACGGGCUGAGUGAACAGACGUCUUCCAGGCUCACGGCAGGACAAGCAGAGCCUCAAGGGCGACGGGCAUCCAGCCCCACAAGCCCGACUGCAGCCUGGCAGGAGUGGGGGACAAGCCCCCCGGCUCAGUGCGCUGCCCGAGAGCACCAGGUGGCCUCAGCCAGGCCUGGGCCCAGGCCCUGGCACAUGCUGGUCUUGGGUGCAUGGGCG